GAGAAAAUAAAUCUGAAAGACUUGAUGAAUGCUCUACAGAAUCUGAAAGGAGGGAAAAUUAAUGUUGAUAAUCUGCAUAAAGUUCUGGGAAAGAAGGGGAUCCAGCUUACAGAUAAAGAAAUGGAAGAACUAUUGAGUAACCUGCCAGUUGAUGCUGAUGGGAAUGUUGCACUGAAUGAAGUUUUGGAUAAGGUGAAAUCUAUUGAAGAAAAUAUUGAUACUCAAAACCUAAAAGACUUUCUGAAGGACAUGGGGAUCAUACUCACAGAAGAUGACUAUCAAGAUCUCCUGAAAAUCCUGCCAAUUGAUGACAAUGGAAAAGCGAAUUUGAAAGACUUAAUAAAUGCUCUACAGAAUCUGAAAGGAGGGAAAAUUAAUAUUAACAAUCUGGACAAAGUUCUGGAAAAGCUGGGGAUCCAGCUUACAGAUAAAGAAAUGGAAGAACUAUUGAGUAACCUGCCAGUUGAUGCUGAUGAGAAUGUUGCCCUCAAUGAAGUUAUGGAUCAAGUGAAAUAUAUUAAAGAAAAUAUUGAUGCUCAAAACGAAAAAGACUUGCUGAAGGACUUGGGGAUCAUACUCACAGAAGAGGAAUAUCAAGAUCUCAUAAAAGACUUACCAAUUGAUGCCAAUGGAAAAGUGAAUCUGAAAGACUUAAUGAAUGCUCUACAGAAUCUGAAAGGAGGGAAAAUUAACAUUGACAAUCUGGACAAAGUUCUGGGAGAGAUGGGAAUCCAGCUCACAGAUAAAGAAAUGGAAGAACUUUUGAGUAACCAGCCAGUUGAUGCUGAUGGAAAUGUUGCCCUCAAUGAAGUUAUGAAUAAGGUGAAAUAUAUUGAAGAAAAUAUUGAUGCUUACAACCUAAAAGAUUUUCUGAAGGACAUGGGCAUCAGACUCACAGAAGAUGAAUAUGAAGAUCUCCUGAAAGACCUGCUAAUUGAUGCCAAUGGUAAAGUAAAUCUGAAAGACUUAAUGAAUUCUCUACAGAAUCCAAAAGGAGGGAAAAUUAACAUUGACAAUCUGGAUGAAGUUCUGGGAAAGAUGGGGAUCCAGCUCACAGAUAAAGAAAUGGAAAAACUAUUGAGUAACCUGCCUGUUGAUGAUGAUGGGAAUGUUCCCUUGAACAGAGUUAUGAAUAAGAUGAAAUAUAUUAAAGAAAGCACUGAUGAUCAAAAUACGGAAAGCUUUCUGAAGGACAUGAAGAUCACAUUCAAAAAAAAUCUGGAUUUCCUGAAACACCUGUCAAUUGAUGCCAAAAGGAAGAUGAAACCAAAAAAGAUGAUGAAUGUCAGGCAGAUUCCCCGUGGAAGAAAUAUUGAUAUUGACAGUCUGGAUAAGGGUCUGGGAACCGUGAAGAUCAAGCUUACAGAUCGAGAAACUACUGGAGCUCCAACUCCUCCAAGAGACAAACUAUUGAGUAACUUACCUGUUGAAGAAAACCUGGAAGAUUUCCUGAAGGAAAUAGGCAUCUCCUCUACCCAAGUUGGACGUCGGGAUCUCCUGAAACAUCUGCCAAUUGAUGCCAAAAAGAAGGUGAAACCAAAAAAGAUAAUGAAUGCCAGGCAGAAUCUCCGUGAAAGGAAUGUUGAUAUUAACAACUUGGACAAAAUUCUGGGAGACCUGGGGAUCAAGUUCACAGAUAGAGAAAUUAAGGAAUUAUUGAGUAACCUGCCAGUUGAUGGUUUUGGAAGGGUCAACCUGAAUCAACUUUUGAAUAAUAUAAAAUCCAUUAAAGAAAACAUUGAUGCUCGAAACCUAGAACACUUUCUGAAGGACAUGGGAAUCACACUCAAAAAAGAUAAAUAUCAAGAUUUCUUGAAACAUCUGCCAGUUGAUCACCAAGGGAAGAUAAUUAAGAAAGACAUAAUGAUAGUCGUGAAAACUCUUGGAAUAGGUGUUGAUGUUGACAAUCUGGACAAGGUUCUGGAAAAUCUGGAGAUAAAACUCACAGAUAGAGAAAUUGAGGAGUUACUGGAUAAUUUGCCAAUUAAGGAUAAUGGGAAGGUUUAUCUGAAUGAAGUUAUAGAUAAUGUGAAAUCUGUUAAAGAAAACAUUGAUGUUCAAAAUCUGGAAGACUUUCUGAAGGACAUGGGGAUCACACUCACAAAAGAUGAACAUCGGCAUAUCCUGAAACGACUGCCCAUUGACAGCAGCGGAAAGGUUCACAGGAAUAAUUUGAUGAAUUUCCUGAAGUAUCUUAAGGGAAUAAAGGUUGACGUCCAUGAACUGGACAAUGUCCUGAGGAACCUGGGGAUAGACCUUACAGAUCAGCAACUUCAAGAGCUGCUAACACUUCUGCCACUUGAGUGUGAUGGGAAAGUGGAUCUCAACAAACUGAUAGAAUAUUCAAAGUCCAUUAAAAACGGAGUCACCAGCCAAAUGUCUGCUUCUUCUGAUACUAAGCUUAAGUAUAAACUGAAACCCCUGACAAAAAUUCCAUCGACUCACAUCAGGGGUAAGGAUUUCCCAGGCUUUCUUCAGGACCAUAUUAAACACAAAGAGAGAUUAACUCAAGGACAACUAGAAGCAUUCCUGGAAGCUUUUGAGAGCUUUGACAAAGAUGAAUCUGGCUGCAUUGAUUUACAUGGAUUACAGUCCUCUGCAGCUAAAUUGGGGAUAGAGCUAACAAACCAAGAAACCCAGGAUGAACUUGAGUUUGCUGAUAUUGACAGAGAUGGAAAACUCAAUUUUUCAGAUUUUCUGACUGUUCUAACAGAUGAUGAUCGUUUUAUCCAAGCUGUUGUCCCAGAUACUGACCCCAAUUCAGAUCUUGUUGAUUCUACGGGGAUCCUGUUGUUUGAAAUGUUGUCAAAGCUGGUGGAAACUUCAGCACUGCCCAGGAAGCAUAUGAUAGACAUAGUAUGCUAUUACCGGAAAAAGUAUCAUGAUGCUGCCAGCAGACCACUGUGGAGGCGCUACGAUGCUGGUGUAAAAAAGAGACGCAAGUCCAGAAGGGAGUCGAUUACCCAACAAGGGACCAGCACCUCCGCUUUUGCUGAUGCCUCUCGAAUUGCAAUAAUGAGCGAGAAGGAUUUGCUGAAAUUCCUGGAAGAGCUCAAGAGAUGCAGUCCCCAUUCUGACAGCCCGUAUGCUAAAAUACCUAUCUUCCCACUGUUUCCAAAUAUGGAUGGGACAGUUGUGGGAAAACCAUUCAAAGAUUUACAAAGGUUGGAGGUGCUGAGGAAAAGAGAGCCUUUACAAUUUUUUGAAGACUAUUUUUUCCAUAAAAAAAACUGGAAGGCACAGGCAGCAUCCUUUAAACCUUUAGAAAAUUCAGACUGGCCAGAAGAGAUUAUCAAUAUUGAUCACAUAAUGAAGAAAAAGAGACAAUGGAGCGUAGCUGAAGCAGCCUGUCUACGGCAACAGGUAAAGAAAGGUAUUGAUGCAUACCAUCUGGGAGUAGCCCUUGGGCACCGGAAAGACAUGCUCAACUUCUGGCGCAAGAUUCGAGGUGAUCUGAUUGGGCUAGAAUCUGGAAAUGAGUCCUUUUAUGAUACCUUUUCUACUUACACAUGGUCUUGGAAUGUUUGCCAAGAGUUACUUUCAACUAAAGAUCUAAAGUUGUAUGAUGCCCGAUCAAAUAGAUAUUCCCAUGCAAGAGCCCUCUUCUCUUCCUUCCCGUACAUUACAGAAGGUAACCUAGAAUUAGGAAGGAAAAGGAAAAGGAAGAGAUGUCUGAGAGGACAAACACAAUGAGGCUGCUAUGUUUACUAAAAACAACAUACUGUAAGCUACCGUUUCAUAGUUUUCAAUAUUAUGGUUUUGUCUAAUGCAUUCUUAUCAGCUGACAAUGAUGACAUCUUUUGAGUUCUGCCCAAUAAAAAAAAAAGUAUAAACAGAAAAA